ACAGCCUCGCCUACUGGGUGGUCGUGAAGUUGGUUAAGAGUUGCUCCGUGCGCGUGAUGGCCCACUGUGGCGGGGACCGUGUGCGCGGCUUUCCGGUGCUGCUCCACUUUGUCGCUUUGGCUUAAUGCGCGCGCGGCACCGUGCAGGCGCCGAAGGGACCGGGCCCGGGGGGAGAGGCUGCUGAUGCGGUAGAGAGAGACUGGUUGCGCUCGCAGUCCUGCUGUGACCCCGAUGCUUGUUUUUAAAGCGCCCUUUUCUCUCACCGUCUCCUGCCGCAGUCACUUUGAAACCUGGGGAAACUAAACAUGGAGUUGCUCUGUAACGAAAAGGAAGGAGUGGUCAGGGCUCUGCUGGACCCCACCAUCUUCAGCGAUGACCGAGUGUUUCACAGUUUACUGACGGUCGAAGACACGUUUCUCCCACAAGCCUCUUACUUUCAGUGUGUCCAGGGAGACCUGCAGCCCUACAUGAGGAGGAUAGUGGCCACUUGGAUGUUAGAGGUUUGUGAAGAAGAGGAGUGUGAGGAAGAAGUUUUCCUUCUGGCUGUCAAUUAUCUGGACCGAUUUCUUUCUGCAGUGCCAACAAAGAAGUCAUGUUUGCAGCUUCUUGGUGCCGUGUGCCUCUUCUUGGCGUCCAAACUGAAAUCGUACCAGCCGUUAUCCGCGAAAAAACUCUGUCUUUACACCGACAAUUCGAUCACGUCUCAAGAGCUGCUGGCCUGGGAGCUGAUAGUUCUGGGAAAAUUGAAGUGGAACCUGGCAGCUGUUACACCUCACGACUUCAUAGAGCAUAUCCUACGCAAGCUACCCUUACCCAAAGACAGAGUGAUGCUGAUUAGAAAACAUGCACAGACUUUCAUUGCCCUUUGUGCCACAGAUCACAGCUUUGUGAUGUACCCUCCCUCGAUGAUAGCCACAGGGAGCGUGGGCGCAGCGGUGUGCGGACUCCAGAUCAACAGCACGGAGAGCAGUGUCUGGGGCGAGAGUGUGACUGAACUGCUGGCCAAAAUCACCCAUAUUGAAGUCGAAUGUCUGAAGUCCUGUCAGGAGAAGAUUGAGCAGCUGCUGGCUAGCAGCCUCCGAGAAAGCCAGCAGCACAAGCAUCAGGAGGGCGGGGCCACCAACAAAGAGGCGGAGCCUCAGAGCCAGUCAUGCACCCCGACGGAUGUGCGCGACAUCAAUUUAUGAUGUCAUUUCUUCCCCAUACCCAGCAGAAUUCCUUGAUCUUUACAUAUAUAAUUUAAUUACAAUUAUAGUCAAAUUAUAUAUAAAAUUUAUUCCACGAAAUCGAGUCAUACAUGAGCUGGUAGCACAGAGUUGGCUAUAAGCCAUGUAUGAUCAGACUGAGUAGAAUAAUUGUUUUAUUAUAUCCACAUUCACUGGAUUUUGAGAAACGGAGCAAUUUUUUUUGCAAAUCAUUUCCACCUGGAAUGUAAACAAACUGGGGAAAUGACAGUAGCAAUUUGUGAAAAAUGCUAUAAUAAUUUUUGAAAAAUAAAAAUAUAUACAUUCUUGGAAUCAAAUACUUUUUUUGUGUGUUGGAUUUUUUUUUUUUUUUGGGGGGGGGUUGUUUUCGAGUAGAGUUUUUAUUUCAUCCUCAGUUGGUUCUGCAACACAUGCCGCCAUUUUAUUCUUCUUCUUUAGGUUUUUUUUUUUGGCGGUUGGCAAACCAACUUAAAAGUGCAUUACUGCCGCUGACUGGGCUGAAGUGUGGAACAGGAGAUAUGGGGGGGGGACAACAACUAUGUUCUUUUAGCUAUUUCUGUUUCUUUUAAAUACUUGAUAAAGUGAUAUCUGACUUGAUGCGCUCCGCCAUUUUGUUUUUCUCUACUCACAGUAUAUGAGCUGAUAGCCUAGUAGUAGAGUAACCAAUCAGAACAUGCGAUUGCUCAUAUCCAGUGACUGUGGAUAGAAUAAAUUUUAUAUAUAUAUAAUAUAUACUUAAAAAUAUAUAAUAUAUUCACAGCUAAACACAGAAUUUAAUGUAGUAUCUAUCAGAAGUAUAUAAAGUACACAGCAAAACAAUAUUUGACAUUGAUGUUAAAAUGGAGAAAAAAGUAUGAUUUACUUGAAAAAAUAAAAUUGCUAUUAUUAUUAUUAAUGUGUUACACCACACUAAUUAGUGUCACAGUGGUUAAAUUUGUGACUAUUUCUAUUUAUCAGAUGGAGAUGUGCAUUGUUCAUGCUAGUUGUGUUUAAAUAAACAGGAAAGCUGCACUCCUGUGAGUGUUGAUCCAGGAAGACUGUUUUCCAGCUUUACUCGCGUAUUACAGGCCAAAGACCAAAGCUGCCUCCAGAACAGCAGUAUCUCUGUGACUCGAGGACUGAGCACUGCGGAGCAGGAUGUUGUGUGAUAAAUCAAUUCAGAAACUGUUUGUAGUGUGCAGGUACCUUUUUUUUUUUUUUUAAAUAGUGGAAGUAAAACUGAAUGUUCUGCAUGACCGCUUGUCUUUGCCUUGUUGCAGUUUGGACGUUUGACCUUUACAAAGCUGAUUUCCAUUGAAUGGCUGUUGGUAGUGUUGACACUUGUAUUUGUGCAGAUUGACAAGAAUGCAGGUGAUUAAACGGGGAUUGGAUUGAGUUUCUGUUGGACUCCUGUAAGUCAAGAAUGUAGAGAGGAAGUGAGUGAUGAUGGGAAAGGAAAGGCAAGUCGGUGAACGUGAGGUUUGUGGAACGUACAGAUCACAGUAGUGGUAUUGCAAGCAAGUACCGUUAUGUAAUCUCUUAACUGUAGAAAUAAAUUUAUUUGGGGGGGAUUGAACAAGUCCAUCCAACUCCACUCAGUUGAUUGGUUAUUGAUCCCUUUUUUUUGUUUGGGGAGUGCAAGGAAGGGAAGGAGUGGCAGGAAGCAUCGCUACCCUUGAUUGAACCUUGCAGUGUGCCAUGGACUCCUUACCUUCUGUCUUGUGUGACAUUUUAAAUAAUUCCUCAAAGCAAAAACCAAACUCCAGUGCACUUUUCCAUUAUACCAGAAUUAUUAUGGUGUACAAGCAAAUUAAGAGUCUAUUUUUUUCUAAUUAGUUUUUUUUUUCUUUUCUUUUUAAGUUAUUGUCUAUUCUGGGGCUGGUUUCCCAUCAUCGUAUUAGGUAUACUUGCAGGGUUUACUGGUAAACAUUAACCAAAGGUAGCUGGAAGAGGUUGGGGAGCUGCCUACCGGACUCCGUUGUAGCGAUCGGAAAGUCGUGCUAAAAUUUCUUUCUCUUUUUGUCAAGGAUUUGCACCGUGCAAGUUUAGAUAGCAUAUUGUUAAAUUUAUCUAUUAGACUUUGUAAUGGUUUUAUUGUUGUUGCUGUUUUAAUGGCUCAUUAGUGUAAAAAAAAAAAAAGUAUAUACUUGAAUUUCACUCUUGCUGAUUCACCUCAAAGUGCACAUGCAUCGAUUUGCUUAAAAAUCCAAACAUUUCUUAAGAAAGAUGCUAAAUUAAUGAUACUGCCAUAUGACAAUGCAAUGUACUAAUAUGCUGUUAUACAUCAAUUUACCAAGUUCAAUACAUUCCAAUAUAUUGCAUUAUGUAUGGGCUACUGUAUUCUUGUGAGACUAUCAAAUUUUAUAUUGGCUUUUUUUUAUUUUCAACCUUUUAUAAUUUUGUUUUCCUUUUAUUACAUUCUUUCUGAACAUCUACCAAUGUGCUGCUAAAAGGAAAAAAAAAGCGUUUAUUUGUCUUACACCAAUGGCAUUGUCUGCCUACAUUCCACUUUGUGUGCUGCUACAUUUACUUCAUGAUUGUGUAUGCUAGUACGUGUCUUCACUUUCUUUUUAAGAAACUAUUGGGCCUAAUGAAGCAGGGCGGCUUGCACUUGUGUAACUGGUGCGAGUGCGAGUGCUCGGCGUCCUAUUGCAUGUUUUUGUUAUCUUUCAAGCUGUUGCUGUUGUGUCACUGCUAUGAAUUGCUCUUUUGCUUCUUGGCAAUAAUAAAAACAUGAAUGCUUGCUGCUUCAGUACUUCAUUGUGUAAGUUUAUCAGGGAGCUUAUGCUGCCAGUUUAGUAAUUUGAAGAUUUGAGAGUGGAUCUUGUAAUGUUGCUUUGUUUUAGAUGAUUGGCUGACUCACGUUUCUUGGUCAUCAGUUUACUUUUCAUUAUCAGGUUAGGCCUUUUAAUAAAGUUGGUUGUUCCUGAUCAGAAGCAGUCUAGAUCUGGUGUUUCAUGCCUGACAGGAGAAAUACAUUACACAUGUGUAUGCAACAUGUAGAUUAUUAUAAUUUUUUUUUUUUUACCUAAAUUGCCUUCACAUGCAAAUUUGUAGUAAACACAAGUGGAUUAUUAUUAUUAUUAUUAUUAUUACCCAUGUUUUAAACUUGACUCAAUGCCUGUACCAAACCUUCUCUCCCAGCAUGUUUGUCUGUCUCAGUGAUGUUUCUGUGAUCUAAAAUCUCUGUUGGUGCCAAAGUACUUCUUUCACUUAAAAAUAUAAUUUCACUUAAAAUAAAAAAUAUUUUUCUCCAUCA